UAACCGGCGGGCCUAGUCCCAUGCUCUCGUGCUGGAGCCCCGCCAUGGCUCUCCGGGCGCCGUGGGCCGCUGCGCGGCGGUGGCUGAGCCGGGGCGGAAUCCCCAAACAUCCCAACGCGAGUGUGUCGGAGCUACUGCAAAGCGCCACGGUAGAGGAGGACGAGGGCACGGAGGACGAGGAGGCCGCGCGCAAGGUGCGGCGAGCUCCGGCGGAGGUCUCGGUGCUGCUCUUCCCUGGCCAAGGCAGCCAGUUCGUGGGCAUGGGCCGAGGGCUGCUGCGCUACCCGAACGUGCCAGAGCUCUUCCGUGUGGCUGAGGACGUGCUGGGUUAUGACCUGUUGAGCCUCUGCCUGGAAGGGCCCGGGGAACAGCUGGACCGCACCGUGCACAGCCAGCCCGCCGUCUUCGUCAGCUCCUUGGCCGCCGUGGAGAAGCUGCACCAUCAGCAGCCCAUGGUAGUUGAGAACUGUGUUGCAGCUGCUGGAUUCAGCAUUGGAGAAUAUGCAGCCCUUGUUUUUGCAGGAGCCAUAGAUUAUGCAGAAGCCUUAUAUGCAGUAAAGGUGCGUGCUGAAGCCAUGCAAGAGGCAUCAGAAGCGGUCCCAAGUGGAAUGAUAACUGUUAUUGGCCGGCGUAAUUCAAAUUAUGCCACUGCCUGCUUGGAAGCCCGUGAAUACUGCAAGUCAGUGGGCAUUGAAAAUCCGGUAUGUGAAGUUUCAAACUACUUGUUCCCAGAUGGCCGAGUCAUUGCAGGACAUUUGCAGGCUUUAGAGUUUUUAAAGAAAAAUUCCAAAAAAUACUCAUUUGCACAUGUAAAAAAGCUGCCCGUCAGUGGUGCUUUUCAUACUGAACUUAUGGAGUUGGCAGUGGAACCUGUAUCUGAAGCCCUCAAAUCAGUUAACAUUCAAGAGCCCCUCAUCCCUGUUUACUCAAACGUGGACAGCCAGAAAUACAAACAACCAAAACAGAUCCAGCGUUCAUUAGUGAAGCAGUUGGUUUCUCCAGUAAAAUGGGAACAGACAAUGCACGCCAUCUAUGAAAGGAAAAAAGGAGUAGCGUUUCCUUACACAUAUGAAGUGGGGCCUGGGAAACAACUAGGAGCAAUUCUGAAAAGCUGCAAUUUGAAGGCCUGGACAUUUUAUAAAAAUAUUGAAGUUUCAGAAGAUGAUUCACAAGAAGAAACAUAGAGAUGUUUGCAAGAAAAGUUUUCAUAGUGGAUUCUGCCAUCGUUUAUCACUUAAUUUUAAGUGCAUUCAUUAUUAAUUACAAAUAAUGUCGUGAUAGCACUAGAGGAAUGCACAAUAUAGGACCUUUUGUUAUCCACUGAACAGAGCCAUACAUAAUUGCACUGUUGGUAUUGGCUUGCAACACAGCUACUGCGCGUGGAAGAAUUGGUUGUCACCUCAUGAACAAAAGUGCCAUCUCCAAUGUCAUUUCUUCAGACCGACAGAUUUGCCCAUGAGCCUCCUUAAAUCAGUGAUUCCAGCUACAUAUCUAAUAGGGCUGCAUUAACCAAAGCAUUGUGAUGACUUGUAGUCACUAUCUUGUUUUGACUCUUUGGUGAUAUUAAAAAAAAAAGUUGCUUUAAAA